AUGUUUUCUGUACCUCCAAUCGAAACCGUAUAUACCUGGCGCCAAAGUGAUUUAAUGAAAUUUAUUCAACGCGUCGAGCGCCUCCACCCCGAAGAUAGAAACUUUCACAUAAUUGAAGGGCUCAACUUGACUCCUGUCCGUCUUCUUAAGUUGACCGACGAACGAAUUGAUACUUUAGUUACCGAACGUGUUAUUCAGACAACCCAGGGUGACAUUAUUGAAAGUGCCCGAGACGAGCUUACAAUUGAUAAUUUAGUCAUGCAACAGCCAGCUUUAAGCUUGUUUCAUGUUCAAAUUAUGGAGCGAUUGCAUAUCGACAUUGCGUUUGGAGUUGAUAUCAUUGAACACAAUAGCUUUAACAACUUGGUACCUUUCUUGAAAGCAGAACUUAAGAAGCAAUUUUUGCCCAAGGUCCCUCGGGCUGCAAGCAUUGCGGCAGCAGCCGCAAUUGCUAAACAAGAUGGCGGGUCAAAUCCUGAUAAUUCAUCCCACGAACGAUCGAAUCGUAAAGAUGCAGCAAUUAAAGAAGAACUUUGUGAAGUAAACAAACUUAUCAUUUUUCAACAGCGACAAAGUGGCGCAGGGUAUUGUCUUCGAAAUCAUAUUUGUAAAUAUAUCAUGCGUGCUAAGGGAAAUCUCUCAGAAAGCACACUCAGACAAUGUCUUGGUGUCAAAACUCUAAGCUCCGGUCAUGUUAAAUUAACUGCAAAUAGCGCGUUAGAAAUUUUGAGAAGGCAUGGGAUUUAUAGAGUUUCUUGUGAGGUGUUCAUGGAAACAGAUAGUAAUAUGAUUGAGGGCUAG